AAAUGUGUUCAGUCUUUAUUCUUGCAUCUAAUUUUCAUAUAAAAGAACCAAAUGCUAUUUCAUUCUUGUAAUUUUCUAUAUAAAUGCUUUGGAAUUUACUUUUUCAACAAUGAUAAUAAUGCAAUUGUCUUAUGUCUUGUAAUUUAUGACAGUGAAAAUGACAAUUUGUGCAGUGAUGGAAUUUAGCUAUAUUUUAUUGUGUUGUAAUGAUUGGAUUUAAGAAUUUAUGGAACAAGGUAGGUGCUGCUGGCGAGUCGGCGAGAUGCACACAGCCAGUACCGAAGGGCAGUACCGUGGCGCCAAUGGCGCGGCGCACGGGAAGGAUAAGGUGGCCAUACUGGACGCCGGAUCACAGUAUGGAAAGGUGAUUGAUCGGAGAGUUCGUGAAUUAUGUGUAGAGUCAGAUAUCCUGCCUCUAGAUACACCAGCUUAUCAUCUCAAAGAAGCGGGAUACCGCUCAAUCAUAAUAUCUGGCGGUCCAAACUCCGUAUACGCAGAAGACGCACCGAGAUAUGACUCAGAUAUAUUCAAGAUCGGUCUACCGGUACUAGGUAUAUGUUACGGUAUGCAAAUGUUAAACAAAGAGUUUGGCGGUUCAGUAUUGAGGAAGGAGGCGCGGGAAGAUGGACAGUACGAAGUGGAAGUUGAAACAACAUGUCCUUUAUUUAAUCGUCUAGAAAAACUCCAGCCAGUACUCUUGACACACGGCGACAGCGUACAGAAAGUCGGCGAUAGGUUUAGAGUCGGUGCACAAUCGUCUAAUCAUCUCAUUGCUGCCAUAUACAAUGAGCAGAUGCGUUUAUACGGCGUGCAGUUUCACCCAGAGGUGGACCUCACACCGAAAGGCAAGCAGAUGCUGUCGAACUUCCUGUUCGACAUCGCGGGCAUGUCGCGCACGUUCACGCUGCGCUCGCGGCGCGAGGCGUGCGUGCAGUACAUCCGCGACACCGUCGGCGACAACAAAGUGCUCGUGCUAGUCAGCGGUGGUGUCGACUCAACAGUUUGUGCUGCGUUAUUAAGAAAUGCUUUACGUGAGGACCAAGUCAUCGCUUUACACAUUGAUAACGGUUUCAUGCGCAAAAACGAAAGCGCAAAAGUGGAAAAGUGUCUGCGAGAACUCGGAGUUCGCCUGCACGUCAUAAACGCGUCGCACCAGUUCCGGCAGGGCAGCACGUCGGUGCGCGAGGCGGGCGGGCGCGUGCGCCACACGGCGCUGCUGUGCCACGCCGCCGCGCCCGAGGACAAGCGCCGCAUCAUCGGAGACGUGUUCGUGCGCGUGGCCGAGCACGCCGUGCGCGACCUGCUGCAGCUGCAAGAGGAGCAGGUGCUGCUGGGGCAGGGCACGCUGCGGCCGGACCUGAUCGAGUCUGCGUCGGCGCUGGCGUCGGGCGCGGCGGCCGCCAUCAAGACGCACCACAACGACACCGAGCUCGUGCGCGCGCUGCGCCAGCGCGGCCGCGUCGUCGAGCCGCUGAGGGACUUCCACAAGGACGAGGUUCGAGCAAUAGGUGCGGAACUAGGGCUGCCGCCUGCGUUGGUCGACCGGCACCCGUUCCCGGGGCCCGGACUCGCCGUGCGCGUGCUCUGCCAGGACGAGCCCUACGCGGACAGGGACUUUGCCGAGACACAGGUGAUAGUGAAGAUAAUGGUGGAGUACGCGUCGAUGUGUGUGAAGUCCCACGCGCUGCUGGGCCGCGUGUCCAACGCCACGACGGCGGCCGAGCAGGCUGAGCUCAAGCGCAUCUCGUCGUCGUCGGUCGUGGCCGCCACGCUGCUACCCGUGCGCACGGUGGGCGUGCAAGGUGACUGCCGCACGUACAGCUACGCCGUGGCGCUGUCGACGGAGCGCUACCCGCCGGACUGGCAAGACAUGCACUACCUCGCUAAGAUCAUCCCGCGUGUCUGUCACAAUGUUAACAGGGUUUGUUACGCGUUCGGAGGUCUCAUCAAGGAGCAAGUUACUGACAUCACACCGACGUUCCUCUCACAACAGGUCAUAUCAACCAUACGCCAGGCCGACGAUCUUGCCACGCAGGUGCUGACGUCGAGCGGCGCGGGCGCGCGCGUGGCGCAGAUGCCGGUGGUGCUGGUGCCCGUGCACUUCGACCGCGACGCCGGCGUGCGCGCGCCGUCCUGCCAGCGCUCGCUCGUGCUGCGCCCCUUCAUCACCAACGACUUCAUGACGGGCGUCGCCGCACUACCCGGAUCCGACGCCAUGCCGCAGGAUGUGGUGGACAGAAUGUACAAAGAGCUGAUAAGCGUACCGGGCAUCUCUCGCGUGCUGUACGACCUCACGCCCAAGCCGCCCGCGACCACCGAGUGGGAAUGAUCGCGUACACUUUUGUAUGUUUUGUACUGAGACAAUGGAUGCACUGGCGGCAGUGGUCACGAUAGCAUUUCAUUACCAGCCAAAUGUAAACAAUAUAAUUCCGUUAAUGUUCAUGUUGUGUGCACAUGACGAAGCCCAGUGUGUCUUAUACAUUUCAAUCCAGUUUGUACAAAUCGUAAACAAAGUCAAACAUUGAAUAGAUUGAAUAAAAACGUAAUUGUAAUCAAAUAAAGUUUAUUAUAAUACAUAUUUGUUUAUAUUUUAUACAAAAUUGAAAUGAACUUGAUUUUUUGCUGUUAGAUACAGAAAAUUCGGUCGUAUAUCGUUGUUGUGAAUGAUCAUGAACUAAAUGCAGACUAAAUAUUGUUUCAGUGUAUUCAUGUUGUUUAAUUACAUUUAUAGUUGAAUAUCUAUGUUUUUUUUAAUGGAGUUCUAGUUUACUUAUUAAAACUCACUAAUUAUUUAUCGAAGGCUGAAGACACAUUUGAUAUGAAUUGAUUUAUAGUUUUUUACUACAUAUAACAAUUUAUUUAGUAUCUGUGAAGAUUAGUUUUAAAAUAUUAAUUAAUUUGAAUAUUUUGUUGAAAAUGAUUCACAAUAAAUUAAUAUUCAAUAUAAUAAUAGUACAUUCAGUGUGCCCUGUCUUAUAUUGAAAAUGAACUCAAUUAAGUAAACACUUUUUAAGCUUUUAUAAAAUAUAAUGGACUGAUAUGCAAUUAUAAGGCUGACCCUCCAACGGAUGUAUAGCAUUGUUGCUCAUUGAAAUGCUAUAAAAAUUGAGUUAAUGUGACAGAGUAAUUUUUGAUGUUUUUUUUUUUGUAUAAAUAAAUAAUUGCAUAACACCAUACUAUGCAUCCGAUGGAUUGUUAGUUUAGAAUAUGUUCAUGUUUAAUCUUCAUUGUUUUUUGGACCACUGCCCCUAAAAUUAUUUUUUGUAAAUACAUUGGUAAAUAGACACAAGGAACAUUAUAUGAUAUUGGUGUCACAUUAUUGUUAGCUCCACUGAUCUGUUUUGUAACAUGUAGUAAAUAAUAUCAAAGGCUGUGUAAAUUAUUAAAGCCAUGUAUUCCGCACCCCAAACAUAUAUAGAGAUUGCAAUUUUAUAUGAAACUAUUGUGUAUGUGGCCUUAGGAUAGUAUAAAGAUUGUUAAGACUAAAAGAGGACACUUAAUUGUUUCAUUAAAAUUGUCAUUGUCUAUAAUUAAUCUUGUAUGAAAUCAGAGACAUUGUGUUUUAUGGAAUUGUUCAGUGUUAUUGACUGGAAAUUUCAUAAUAAAAUUAUAUUAUGCUUUAUUUUCA